ACUCACCCAUGUCUUAUGAGCUGCCGCCCAAGGAGAAGCUGCGUGAGAUUGCUGCUCGUCAGGAUGCGAAGGAGAAAGAGAUCAGACAGGCUCGUGCUAGACGUUUGUCAACAUGUAAUCAGCCGCCGAACAAGCAAGAGGCUGCUGCUGAAAUCAUUCAAGUCGGUGACGACCAACACUCGAACCUGUCAAGAUCUGUUGCUGAAUCCGAUCAGCGCAAUUACCGCGGCUACCGCGAACGUAGGGAGAUGCGUGGCCUAGGAUUAUCUGCCUCAACAAGAUGGUUCGAUUCUAGGCCGUCCAAGAAGGUACAUGAUUCUCUGCCCACAAUNUUGUUGCUCAUCACUCAUACUGGAGUAGCUCGUUACCGUAACUCCACCCAGCCCAUGUCUCGCGCUGAACGUGCACGACACGCUUCGACCCAUGUCUCCACUCCUGGAAACUGCGAGGCUCGCGAAAAGUGGAAGCGGGCUGGCCAGAUCGCUAAACAUGCAGAGAACGACGACACUAGUUCUGGUGAAGACAUGGAAGAUAUGAAUCCCCAAGAACGAGACAAUUACCUACAACGCAAAAGAGAGGCCAAGGCUGAGCGUGAAAAGAUGGCAAGGACUAUGGGCAUCGAGUACUUCCUCGAGAUGGUCGAUCAGAAACAUCGCUACGGCUCAUCGCUUCGCAAAUACCACAAGGUCUGGCAAGAGAGCGAUACAAAGGAAAACUUCUUUUAUUGGCUGGACUUUGGAGGCGGCAAAGACGUUGACCUUCCAGAACGCCCAAGGACCCGUCUGGACGAAGAGAGAGUACGAUAUUUGUCGCGCGAAGAACGUCAAAAAUAUCUUGUUCAGAUCGAUGACGAUGGUAUGCUAUGCUGGGCGAAGAACGGACAACGCAUAUCAACAUCUCCCGAGUGGAAGGAUUCUAUGGAGGGCAUCGUUCCAAUCACUGACGAUCGUACGCCGACAUGGCGCAACACAACCGGUCGCCAGGAACUCUCUGCAUCUUCAAGUGGCUCGGAAAGUGACUCGGACAUCAGUGUAGGCAGCGGCGAGGAUGCAUCUCGAUAUGUCAACCAAGAACUGCAUGACGCGAAAGGUCUCAGCAAGCUCAAGCAUCUCUCUGCCAACACCAUCAUGAAUGAUCUUCUACGCGAAUCUAGAAAAACAACUAAAAAGAACACAUGGAUAUUCGUCGCAGACACAAGUUUCCGUCUUUAUAUCGGCAUCAAACAGUCGGGUGCCUUUCAACACUCCUCAUUUCUCAAAGGAGCUCGGAUUCUAUCAGCAGGAUUGAUUCGCAUCAAGCGAGGCCAACUGAGAAGGCUGAGUCCCUUAUCUGGACACUAUGCGCCGCCAGCCAGCAGUUUCAGAGCCUUCGUGCACAGUCUCAAAGAGGCCGGUGCUGACAUGUCUCGAGUAAGCAUCUCGAGGGCAUACGCUGUGCUCGUUGGUUUGGAGGGCUACCUUGGCGCUAAGCGUAGCCUAAAGCAAGGAGAGCAGAAGAUUAAAGACGCGAUCAAUCCCGAAGAAGCCAGACGGCGCGAGGAAGCCGAGAAAGACAAAAGUAAGAGUGCUCAGAAAGAGCGAGAUGUACUCGAGGCACAAGCGAAGAAAGAAGAAGAGGCCAAAAACAGAGCAGCAUCACUGAGCGGUUCAAGAGCAAGCUGCACAUUGGCAACGACAAUUCUUCGUGAUGACGAUGAUGAUUCAGGCGGUCUUCUUUCUAGCACUAUACCCUCAUGCUUUCUAACGACUAAUGAGAUCAAUGCAAGUAAUGUC